CGGCUCGAUGACAUCAAUGCCUUUUUCAAGUCGAGUCUGUUGGGCGACACCGAGAUGGACCGACAAGUCCGCGCCCAAUAUGUCAAGGAGCGGGACGAGCUGCAGGCCCGUCUCGAAGCCGCUAAGCAUCUCGAGAAGAAUGCCAAUGCCCUUUCCAACAAGCUCCAGGAUGCCCGCAGGAACCAGGCCGCUUGCCAGGCCAAGCGCGAGUCAGCGGAGCUUGCAGUCCAGAAGGCGCAGCAGGCCCUCGAGCAGGCCCGCGAGGACGAGACGGAGCCCGCAACUGCCAUCCUGGAGCUGGAGACCAGGCUGCGAGGUGCUCUCGGCGGCGGCGAGAAGUUUGCUGCCGACCUGGCUACUAUGGCAGCUUGCGUUGGCAGGUUCAAGGGCGAGGCGGCCGCGGCGCAGGCCCAGGCGGCGCCUCGGGAGCAGGGCCCCGAGGCGGCGCCUGGCGGCAUGCCUGGCGCGCCUGGGCCAGACAUGGAGGUGGGCGAAUCGGCAGCAGGCGACGUGGAUGACCUCGACGCUGAGACGCGUCGCCAGCACCUCAAGAGUUGCGGCGUUGAAGUCCCUGUGCCCGCGGAGGGGGGCGAUGACCCAGCGCCACUGCGGGGGCAACUCAAGAGGCAGCUCAAUUCGUUCUACACAGUACACAAGAAGCUCAAGAAG